AUGAGCUCCAACCCCCUCAAAGCCGGGACCACAUCGAAACUUGGCCAAGGAUCGUUUCCUCCUGGGGCAACUACAACCCAGAGUCUGCUCUUGGAAAAAGUUCAAGCCCGGACAUCAACUCCUGACUCAGAGGCGCUAGCAAGUUCGGAUGACGAAGGAGAACACCGCAACGAAGCAUCUCAGGCUGCCCCUGUUCAAUCUCACAAGCCCGUCCGCCGAUCCUCGUGGCUCAACGAUACCUCUCAGCCAUUGAAUCGACCCCGUAAAGGCUCGUUUGCAAGCAGUUCCAUGUCUCCAACAGGAUCGCACCCCAGCACUCCAUCAGCUGAGGCUGGCAGCGGCCCUUGGGGUUCUCAUUCAACCUCUUCAGUUGGCCGCUCAGCCAACUCAUCAGCAUUUUCUUGGGGGGCCGGUAUUUGGAAUGCCGAUCGAAAGGAUGCGUCGUCAAGGCUAAGCGAAGUUCUUCCAUCGCCAACCUCUAUAAUUCCACCAGGGGCAGGCAGUAAUUCCUUUUUUGGAUCCGACUCUGGCUUGAAUCAAGUUUCUCCAGGCUCUCGAGAUUCCAUGUCUAAUUCCCAAAUCCCAUUUGCUAUUCCGUUACAUCCCACUCCUAAAACUUACCGAUCCCAGUCAUAUUCAGUUGGCCAGAUGGACCCCGAGACGGCACCACCAGGUGGAAUGAACUCAUCUGCUAUCCUGGGGCGAGCACGUCACCCGGCCUUGCAGCACCGACCCUCUCGACCCAGCAUGCUGAGUGAGAUGGCAAAUGAUGGCUCAAUGCUCGGAAAGGUCAAGGAAGUGGAAGAUGAUGACGAUGAAAGUACAUCUGAAUCGCUUCAAGGCUCCUAUCACCAGAUGUCCGAAUCCAAAACUAUCGAAAUGCUCACCCGUGAAAAUGCAAUGCUGCGCCAACAACAAUACAACAACUCUCGCAUCCGGCCUCGUGCCUCUACUGGUGCAUCCUUUCUUGGAAAUGGAUAUGAGACUGUCCCAGAAGAGUCGGAUUUUGCGGUUGAUGAACUGGACGAGGCUACUGAUUCAAUCGAUUCGCUCGGCAGGCGAGCCUCGGGUCGGCGUAUGAGUGAAUACGGAGCCAAUGCUUUCCGCACUCCCCUGGGCCUGAACAACCAAAAAGCGGACAACUUGAACCUUAAAAAGGCUGCCCUGUGGUCAAGCUCUCCGGGAUUCUUCGGUGGGGAUAUUUCACAGAGCCGACGCCAUUCAUUUGCCAAUAUGCCAACUCGACAAGGCUCUAUCAGCUCCAUUGCUGAUUCAGUAUCUGCUCUCGAUGCUUCUGGGGUGGGCGAGGGACAGUCUUCCCAUGGGUUUCCUGCUGGAUUUGGGGAUGGUACUGGGAUGGCAAACAUCAAUAACCGUAAGUCACUCUUGUUAAAAUCCCACGAGCAAUUAUUGAGUUCAGCGACAGAAAUCUUGGCCGGCUUGCCAAGCACAAUGCAGCCUGCCUUUAGCAAUCCCUAUGCACCACAUUUUGGUCUUCAGAACCAGUUCACCAACCGUCCGCCUUCUCCUCACCGCAAUGUUUUCGGUAUGGCUCAGCCCAGGCACAACCAACUUCUUCACGUGGUCCUGUUCAAGUGUGUCAGAGCCGACGUGUUCUACAUUCAAGAGGGUACGGGCCUCACAGUUAAGCCUGGUGACCUGGUCAUUGUUGAAGCAGAUCGAGGCACCGAUCUGGGAACAGUCGCCAAGGUCAACGUUGACUGGCAAACUGCAAAGGAGCUGAAAGAGCACUACGCCGAGGAGCACUACAAGUGGCUCAUGAUGUAUUCACAGGGUGCCGCUGCAGCUCAAGAGGGUUCCGGCGCAGGUUUGAUGGCAUCAUCUAGUGUCCUUCAGGGCAGCGCUGUCGGCGGCAUGGGACCGCCCACCCAACACCAUCUGCAAGAGCCAAACGCCGGAGAGCUUCGACCAAAACUUAUUAAGCGCCUUGCACAGCAUCAUGAGUUGCAAGCUCUAUGCGAUAAAGAAGGUCAGGAAGCCAAAGCAAAACGUGUUUGCAUGCAGAAAGUGAAGGAGCACGGCCUCAACAUGGAAAUCCUUGAUGCGGAAUUUCAAAUGGACUGGAAGAAGCUUACAUUCUACUACUUCGCUGACUCUUACAUCAACUUUAAUUCUCUCGUUACAGACCUCUUCAAAAUCUACAAAACCAGGAUCUGGAUGUCUGCUAUCAACCCAGCUUCAUUUGCCAGCCCAACGCUGGGCAUUCAGGCACCAAGUGGAAUUGGCCCUGGUGCUGUAGGUGUCGGGCGUGCCUCCGGAGGCGAAAGACGCCAGAAUCCUCAAGUCCAGGAACAGCAGCAGCCACAAGCCUUCGGCCGGGGAUACCGACCAACAUUUUCACAGCCCUUUGGUAGUGAUCGAAAUGUUCCACCAACGUCAGCAUACCCGCCGAACAACUAUGCGUAUGGGGGUGGUGUAUUUGGUAAUGCCCGCGGCACGUCUGCUCCAUACGCUCCAAGCCUCUCUCCAGGUGCGGAUGGAUUCCCGACUGGAUUUGGCCAGCAAGGAGACUUCCAGUCUCUUCGCCAGCGGUUUCCCGGAGCGCAGAAUCUCCCGAGUCCGACUCCACACGCAGCAGGCGUGUCACCCAUAACUGCACAAAACGACUGGAAUACUGCAUUCCAGGGUCUGUCCCUAAACACACAUUGA